AUGCUCAGGAACGAUCCUGUCAUGGCGAGGGUCGUCAAAUGCAUGCAAGGGGCUCACUGGAUUGCGCGGAACGACGCUCCUAUCGCGCUCUUCCCCAUGCUGGUGCGGUUCAUGGCGGAGCAAGGAUGCCCCGACAUGAUGAACGGCGAAUCAUACGCCUUCGGCGAGUUCGUAGAGGCUAUGGCGGAGCAUCUGGUGGCCAAGCAGCUCGUGGACAUCAAAGAGUCGGCCUGGUACAGCCUCUCCUUCGAUGAAUCCACGGAUCGCGCCCGUGGAAAGCACCUCAUCGUGUAUGUCACGUUUGAGAGAGGCGAGGCCGUGGUGUCCCAGUUUCUUGCUCUCCUGUCGCUCGAUCGUUGCGACGCCGCAGCACUGCACGACGCGAUCGUGAAGUGUCUGUGGUCGAAGGACAUGUCGAUGGACAAGCUUGUCGGGGUGUCAACGGAUGGUGCAUCCGUGAUGACUGGCUCGAAGAACGGCGUUGUCGCCAUGCUUCGGAAACGAUGCCCGUGGCUGGUGGCGAUUCACUGCGUGGCGCAUCGCGAGGCAUUGGCUGCCAAGGAUGCCGCGAAGAGCUUCAAGGAGUUCAACGCCGUCGAUCAGAUGAUACGCCAGACUGCAGAGCGUCUCGGGCGUUCAUCGACCGAUCACAAGACCUACAUGCAUCUCCAGGGCGUCAUUCUGCAGACGCACCUGGAGGUGCAAGGCUUCUGCACCGUCCGUUGGUUGUCUCGCGGGGAUGCUGUGAAUCGCUUCUGUGACGUGCUGCCGGUGCUCAUGUGGAUGUGGACGAAGGAGAAGGACGAGACGGAGAAACUCGCUACCAGCUUCAAGUUCCACUACAUGCUUUAUCUCUUGGCUGACGUGCUGCAGCUGCUCAACGGACUCAAUCUAUCCUUCCAGAAGGAGACGGUGAAGAAUCAUGUCGACAAGGUGAAGACCAAGUUGUCGCAGUACUACGUCGAGCCCGGCGCAUCCAACGGGCCAAACACCUCUCGCCUGAACAAGUUCCUUGCUGCACACGGCAGCAAGGACAAGCGCAAGCUGGAGCUCAAGGGAGUGGACGAGAACGGCAAGCCUGCAAAAGCCGAGAUCGAGCUUCACGAGGACAGCAUCGACCCUGAAAACCCAGAGGGGGGAUGCGACUUGGAGGCAUGCGUGGACCUGGCGAGGCGUUUCGCACAGCGCCUGAUUAAGGCGCUGGGGAAGAGGAUGGCGGACCUGCGCCAUUUCGAUGGUGUUGGAUUUUUCUCCCCUGAUAAGUAUCCCGACCGUGCAGGAGAGCAGGACGCAUGGGUGAAGCUCCAUCUCACCGAGCUCCUUGACAUGUUCAAGAACCAGCUACCUGGCAAGUCGAGAGGCUAUAGUAGGAACCUGUUCUAA